UUGUUUUUUGAUUGUAAUUGAAUACACAGUUUUUCUCAAUUGCCGAUUGCACCAAGACCAGUGCAGUCACUCCCGACUUCCGUAUUGCACUCUGCCAUAUAUUCUUAAAUCCGGCUCUGAAUGGCAAUUCAACUUGCGUGAUCACUAGUUUAAAAGCAAUUGGAGUUGCUUACGUGUAUUUUGAUUGUGCAUGCGUAUGCUUUAUAAAUAAAAAAAAAUAGAAUGAUUCAAAGUUGCAUAAAAGUGAAACGAUGCGAGUGUUCGCUAAAUUAUUGUAUACUUGUGAAUAGCCUUAUGCAAUACUAAUGUUUUGCUUGCAAAUAAUCCUAUCGCGAAUUGGAACGAAGUCGUUGCAUGAAUACGGGUCAGUGUUUUGGGAUAUUUUUCGCGCGAACACCAACACAGUUAAAUUACAGUAAGUUAAUAUAUCAUAAGCGCGAUUUAGGAUCUGUGUGCCUUGCAAUUCCCAUGCAACCAGAUAGGUCGCAAUGCACAUACUUCAGUACAAAAGUUCAAAGUUCAUUACUCGUGCACGCGCGGUUGGUUUAGCUCAUCGGCAUUGCCUAUUGCAAGGCUCCCGUGGGAAGGUAAUGUGUCCCGGGUAAUUUUGUAUCUGUUAACAGCCGAUUUAAUAUUAUAUCCCCCCUAUCCCUGACUAAGUGGAAGACGUUAUCUCACUGGGCACCAGACUUGGAUCAGAUCGUUUCAAGUUUUUCCUCCGGACCUCAGACAGCAAUGUCGGCGCUCAGCGGUAAGGUGCAGACGGUGCUGGGCCCGGUGGAGCCGAGCCAGCUGGGCCGCACCAUGACCCACGAGCACCUGACCAUGACCUUCGAGUGCUGCUACAUGCCGCCGGCGCCGGGGGACAAGGCCGUUUCCGAGGCCCACAUCGAGAUGAAGAACCUCUUCUGGCUCAAGCAGAACCCGUACAGCAGCCCGGAGAACCUGCUGCUGUACCAGGAGACCGAGGCCGUGCGGGAGGAGCUGCUUCUCUACCGGCGGGCAGGAGGGGGCGCCAUCGUGGAGAACACCACGACUGGCAUCAGCCGCGACGUGAAGACCCUCAAGAGGCUGGCCAAGGAGACCGGCGUCCACAUCGUGGCCGGGGCUGGCUUCUACGUGGACGUCACACACUCCAGUGAGACGCGGAAGAUGACUGUGGAGAAGCUCACCGACAUCAUCGUAAGCGAGGUUCUCCACGGGGCUGAUGGUACAGACAUCAAGUGUGGCGUGAUUGGGGAGAUCGGCACGUCCUGGCCAAUCACGGACAGCGAGACGAAGGUCCUGAAGGCCACAGCCCAUGCCCAGACCCAGCUUGGCUGCCCCGUCAUCAUCCAUCCGGGUCGGAACCCCACUGCUCCUGCCGCUGUGGUCCGGAUCCUGCAGGAGGCCGGAGGUGACAUCAGCAAAACCGUCAUGUCUCACCUUGACAGAACCAUAUUUGACGAAGGGGAGCUCCUGGAGUUUGCGAAGAUGGGGAGCUACCUGGAGUAUGACCUGUUUGGGACAGAGAUGCUAAACUACCACUACAACCUGGAGGUGGACAUGCCCAGCGACAGCCAGAGAGUCAGGACCUUGGCCUUCCUGGUGGCGGAGGGCUACGAGGACAGGAUUGUCAUUGCGCACGACGUCCACACCAAGAACCGGCUGGUCAAGUACGGCGGGCACGGCUACUCGCACAUACUCAACAACAUCGUGCCCAAAAUGCAGACCAGGGGCAUCAGUCAGGUCCAGGUGGACAAGAUCCUGAUUGAGAACCCCAAACACUGGCUGACCUUCAAAUGAGGUGUAAUUUUACUCACCGGGCUAAACGGCCAGAAGUUUUCCUUUUUAACCCAGUAAAAAUCUGGACAAGAGCACCUGCUACGUGAUUGUAAUGUGAAAUUUCGGCCACGCUGUGCUUCUAAAAAAAUUUGUAUGUAGCUUGUCCCUGUCAGUACCGGUGAAACAAAAUUAUCAGUGGUAAAUGUGUUCAUUCUGACUAUAAAUAUUGAUCAUUUACAUUAUGAAAUUGAUCAUUUGUCUGUUUAGCUUAGACUGUGAAAAUGGUGUCAACUAAAGAUGGCGUUGCUGCAAAAUUAUUGUAUCACUGCAGCAACAGUCACUGCUGUACUGCAUCAUCACAGCGAUGUUCUGGGAAGAACAAUCCAUAGCCACAGGGACGGCAUUUGCUUUAAUAUGCGUAAUGCUCAUUUAAAAAUUUAAGUAGUACAAUAGUCUAAAUUGAAUGAAGGCCUCAAUAAAUAACCGUUUCAAUAUAAGCCAUGCAAAUGCGUACCUUUAUCUUGUCUAAGGUUCUAUUAACCUGUCAGUUCACGGCGAUGGAUUGUGUCUUAGAGUAUCUGAGAUUUUCUGCAUUUUAUGAUUACAUUUAUCAGGCUGUAAGCAAUAUUUUUCGGACGGCAAACAAGUAUACUGGCGCUGUCGAACACAUGGUGCUAAGGGUGUUCAAUGUGACAUGAGCUGAGAAGGGAUAUUUCAAAUGAAGUAUGUGUGUCAAGUAGUAUAAUUAUUACAAACUUGUGAAGUAAAAUAGUGUAAACACAGGCAUGCGUUUGCUGAUAAAUGACCUGGAACGGCAUUACCUCUGUGCUGUGUCACUUCCCGGUUUGUCGUUACCGCACUCUUUUAGGACUGAAACCCUGUGAGCUGUCCUCAGUGGCCUGGUGGAGGGCUGUGUAAUUAGGGAAUGUGUUCGGAGCCUGGCAGAUUGCAUUGAAGGACACCCGAACCUGCCGCUGAACAGGUGGUAUCGCAGAGUGGCUUCUCAUGUGAUAAAUGACAUGCUGGAGCAAUCACUGACUGACUGUUAUAUUUUAAAUCCAAAGAAAAAAAAUUUGACAUAAAUAAAUAAAUAAAUAAAUGAAGGAAUACUGAUAAAGCCGAGGCAGGUUGAAUUGUCCUUGGCUCGUGGCGUUUCAUUAAGCAUUGUCACUGAGAGGAGUGUUGAUAGCUUGCAGAUGAGGCAGGAGGAGGGGAUGCGGUGCUGCCACAUUGCCUAAAUUAUUAUAUUAUACCCCAGAACCACAGGCUCCUUCCUGUGGGAGGAUUUCAGAGCAAUAAAAGUCUUUUUUUUUUGACCAAA